AGCGCCUUCUUGCCAACUUGAUACUAAUUUUUCCACACUGGUUAAGAGGUGCGGUAGAGUUUUUCGAGUAAACUACUUGCCGACCAUGUUGAAUGCUAUAAGUCGAGGAUCCAGCCAUUUGGCUGGAAAAACUGUGGAAAAAUUAACCGCAGAAACUUUGAAAGUCGUGAGCGUUCUCAAUGGAAACAAACGUGGUUUGGCAGCAAAAGCCGCCGCCUCUGCUAAAGGCAAUGGAAAGGUAGUAGCAGUCAUUGGUGCUGUCGUUGAUGUACAAUUUGAUGAUGCUUUACCUCCAAUCCUCAACGCUCUGGAGGUGGAGAACCGCAGUCCAAGAUUGGUUUUGGAAGUGGCCCAACAUUUAGGAGAAAACACAGUACGUACCAUUGCUAUGGAUGGUACUGAAGGUCUUGUUCGAGGACAAAAAGUCAAUGAUACCGGUUAUCCAAUCCGUAUCCCAGUAGGUGCUGAAACCUUGGGACGUAUUAUGAAUGUAAUUGGUGAACCUAUCGACGAGAGGGGCCCCAUUCCAACUGACAAACUUGCUUCAAUCCAUGCUGAAGCUCCAGAAUUCGUUGACAUGAGUGUAGAACAAGAGAUUUUGGUCACUGGUAUCAAGGUUGUAGAUUUACUUGCCCCCUAUGCAAAGGGAGGUAAGAUUGGUCUCUUCGGAGGUGCUGGUGUAGGAAAGACUGUACUCAUUAUGGAACUGAUCAACAAUGUUGCUAAAGCCCAUGGUGGUUAUUCUGUAUUUGCCGGUGUAGGAGAACGUACCCGUGAAGGAAAUGAUUUAUAUCAUGAAAUGAUUGAGUCAGGUGUCAUUUCUUUGAAGGAUAAGACCUCAAAAGUAGCUCUUGUAUAUGGACAGAUGAAUGAACCCCCAGGCGCACGUGCUCGUGUUGCUUUGACCGGUUUAACUGUAGCUGAAUAUUUCAGAGAUCAAGAAGGACAGGAUGUAUUGCUUUUCAUCGAUAAUAUUUUCAGAUUUACCCAAGCCGGUUCAGAGGUAUCUGCCCUUUUGGGUCGUAUCCCCUCUGCUGUAGGUUAUCAACCAACUUUGGCAACUGAUAUGGGUAGUAUGCAGGAACGUAUCACAACCACCAAGAAAGGUUCCAUUACCUCUGUCCAAGCUAUUUAUGUACCAGCUGACGAUUUAACAGAUCCCGCUCCAGCUACCACUUUUGCUCACUUGGACGCCACUACUGUAUUAUCCCGUGCAAUUGCAGAAUUGGGUAUCUAUCCAGCUGUCGAUCCCCUUGACUCCACUUCACGUAUCAUGGACCCCAAUGUAAUUGGCCAAGAGCAUUAUAAUGUAGCUCGUGGUGUCCAAAAGAUCUUGCAAGAUUACAAAUCUCUUCAGGAUAUCAUCGCCAUUUUGGGUAUGGAUGAGUUGUCAGAAGAUGACAAGUUGACAGUAGCUAGAGCACGUAAAAUCCAACGUUUCCUAUCCCAACCUUUCCAAGUUGCUGAAGUUUUCACUGGUCAUGCUGGAAAGUUGGUGCCACUUGAAGAAACCAUCAAGGGAUUCCAGAAAAUAUUGAAGGGAGAAUUGGAUCACUUACCUGAAGUUGCAUUCUACAUGGUUGGGCCAAUUGAGGAAGUUGUAGAAAAGGCUGAAAGAUUAGCUAAGGAAGCUAACUAAAAAGCACUUAUUUCUGCGAAGUCUAAUAAUAACUUAGAUUGGAAUUUUUUUACAUCUUGUAUCAUUUGAUCGAAACCUCAUCUUGUAUGCUAUAAAAAGUGUAUGAUGUUAUACUUUACUUUUAAAUAAAAUAAUUAAAUAGGUUGUUA